AUGGCAAAGACAACAAAAGAUUAUUUGAACACGGCGGCUAUGCUCAGCGAGUCUGGCAAAGAUCUGUUGAACACGUCUCUAUUUUCCGACGUAACAGUGAAAUGCGGCGAUCGUACGUGGAAACUCCACAAAGCUAUAAUCUGUCCUCGAAAUCCUUUCUUCAGCAAGGUCUUUAAUGGUCGCUUUCAGGAGGCUGCCACUGGGGAGCUCACCUUAGUUGAGCAGAACCCCAAAGAGGUAGGCCAAGUCAUUCAAUACCUUUAUACCGGGAAGGUUUCGAAAGAAAUAUCAGAAUCCUGGCCUAUUGAGCUUUUCAAGGCCGCGGAUUUCUUUCAAAUAAAAGGCCUAGCAGACGAGUUAUAUAAGUUGUUCCCCAAAUUUAUCCGUGUUGCAAGAUUCGCAUACGGCGCGAGUUCAGCGGCGUAUACUGGACUGCAAGAGGUGGUGAAGAAUUUCGCUGUGUCGACUAAAACAUCCAUUAUCAAGGACGAUUGUUUCCUUGAACUAUUGAAGGAUGCCCCGGGACUGGCUAUCGAUAUGGUCAAGGCUCUGUGCGGGUAG